AUGAGGGUGUUUUCGAGACGUCUCAAAAGCCACGCGUCCACCUCUCGGCCCUACCAAUCCCAGCCUCUCCCAUCCGCGUCCCCAGGGUACUCCUCCACUGGCUCGCCCUACACCUAUGGUCUGUCUAAAGGCCCCCGUCUUCCGCAUUCUUCCCUUCACCCAAGGCUUUCGCCAUCCCUCCACUCGGCCACCCGUCCCCUCACAUCUCCCCUCACCGCUCCGAUCAACCCUCUCACGUCCUGUCCCUCCUCCAUACCCCCUCCUUCCUCCCACUGCCACUCCGCUGCUCCCAUCUCACCCUCAUCUCGCAUAACAGUAGCGAUGCCACCGGUGUCAUCACAGCAUUACCCAUCGCAGCACCACCUGUCUCAGCACAACCAUUCCCGCAGUGCAUCGCCAAGCAUCGCUGCUUCCUUUGCUUCUGUCAAUUACUCCCCGCCCUCCUCCCAUACCUCCUCCCAACGCUCCGCUGCACCAGGGGAGCCUCAGCAGCUGUGGGCUGCACCCACAGCAUCAGCAGGAGAAGCUUCAGCUGCUCCCCACCCUACUUCAACUGCUGCAUCAGCACACAUGCGUCCUAUGCUCCCUGUGCUUCCCGGCUUUCCUGCAGAGUGCAUUGAGAACCUGAUUCCUGCAGCAGCCUUUCCAACCCCGUUGGAUCAUGCAUUGAUGGACGCACCUUCCCUGUCUCCAUCUGCACUCGCAGCACAACACACGAGGCCGCACAAGACGCCUCGGACAACCCCAGGCGUUCUGCCCCCAGCUGCUCUGGAAUUCGCCCGUUCUUUUUUUUCUGGGCUGCCCGGCAGGGAUGAUCCCCAGGGUGGCGAGAGCAGCGAUGGGCAGCAAGCGUCGAAGCCCGCAUGCACAAGUGCAAUUCAGGACAGUUGUCGCAGCGCGAGGAGCGCAGAGACUCAGUGUGGAUGUGUGGGUGGAGAUGCAUCAACAGACUUUCCUCCUAUGGCUUGCCAGCCUUCGUUUCCUGAUAUGGGCGGGGCGGAAGGGGUGGAGUGCGGUGUUGAGAAGCGAGCAGGGCUGACAGCAGGCUUGUUCUGUCAGCUGGAGGACCUGAGGAGAACGGCACUAUAA